AUGCGCGUCGUUCCGCUAUUCGCGUGCGCGUGCGGCUCCGUGCUGGUGCCUCUGGUGGUUGCGGGCUGGGGCGGCAUGGAGGAGGCGGCGUGGUCCCUGCGACCGGUGCUAUCCAGCCUCAGCUCCACGCCUUUGCUGACGGUCCUGUGCGCCGCGCUGGCCUGCGCGUUGCUCUUCGGCGUCACGCGCGGAGGUCAGAAGAAGGAUGGACUGCCUCCGCACCCGCCUGGGACCACGGGCGUCCCGCUGCUCGGCGAGACGCUCAAGCUCCUGAAAGCUUACACGAGCAACGUCGAGCACGCGUGGUACGGCCCGAAGAUCGCCCAGUUCGGCGCGAUAUUCAGGUCGCACGUCUACUUCAGCCCUGCCGUCUUCUGCGGGGGCGACAUAGCGCGCCGCCUGCUGUCCGCGCGCGAGGGGGGGGACGGCCUCGAGAUGUGGAUGCCGGGCACGAUGCGCCAGCUCGUCGGGCCGCUGCACCCGCUGCGCCUCCAAAAGAGCCUUCACACGCCAGUGCGCAAGGCGCUGACGCUCGCCAUGACGCCGGAGAGGCUCGCGAAGUUCGUGCCGGUGGCGCAGGCGAUCGUCGACCGGCACCUCGCGCAGUGGGCAGGCGCGGAGAGCGUCAAGAUCGCGGACGGCGCGGACGCGCUCGCGUGCGACACCGCGCUGCCGCUCGCGAUCGGCCCACGUGCCGCACAGGCCGCGGGCGGCGCCGACAUGUUGGCAGACAUCAAGCGGGUGUACCAGGGCUUCUUCGCGGUGGUGCCGUUCCCGCUGCCGGGCACGGCGCUCCGGACCGCGCUCGCCGCGAAGCGGCGCAUCGAGGCGUUCCACCGCGCGCACUUGGCCGCGCGGAUGGGGGAGGGGGGUGUUGACGAGGACAGCGACGGGUGGGGGGGAGUGGCGCACGCGGUGCUCGCGCACGAGGAUCCGCGGAUCGGAGGCAACAUGGACCUCGCCGUGGACCUCAUGAUCGGGCUCCAGAUCGGCGGGCAGAAGGUGCCGGCGGUGUCGAUGGCGCUUCUCGCGUUCCAGAUUGCGCGGCGCCCAGACGUGCGCCGGCGCCUGCCGCAGGAGCUCGACGAGGUGCUGGGGCCCCCGGGGCCCUCGCAGCGGUCGCCCACGUUCGACGACAUCAACGGGCGGCUGACCUUCCUCGACGCGUGCGUCCGCGAGUCGAUGCGCGUGCGCCCGAUCGCCACGGCACAGAUGCGCGUCGCCACGCGGCCACUGGAGGUGGGCGGGUACCAGCUCCCCAAGGACUCCAUGUUCUUCUACUCCAUAUCUCUGACGCACCACAUGGACCCGGCUUUCGGGGCCGCGGAGGGGCGGUGCCCGAUGGCGGCGGCCGGGACGCACUUUGCACACAUGGACUUCGAUGAGGGGUUUCUACCUGACAGGUGGCUCAAGGAGUCGGACAGGAAGGACGAGCGCGCGGCAGGAGCCGCGCGGCCGCAGCGGUGGGUGCCGUUCGGCGCCGGGAUGCACGCGUGCGUCGCGCAGAACGCCGCUCUGCUUGCCAUCAAGGUGUUCGCCGCGACGCUGUUCUCGCGGUACCACGUGGAGCUGCUGGACAAGCGGGUCGCGUGGAGCGACAGCCCGUUCUGCGAGCUCGAGCACCGCGUGCCCGCGCGGAUCUUCCCCCGGAAAGCACGGUGA